CAGGGAGAAAAGUGAUAAGCAGCAAGCAGCUUCUGGGUUUUGCUUUCAAGCGGACUCCUGCUGAAUCGGCGCGAGUGAGUGUGUAUAUGUGUGUGUGUGGUGCGUUCACUCUUUCUCCUGCCACAGUAGCAACACACUGCAGCAGCGUCGGCCCUGAACAAAAGGCUAAACGCAGCAGAGCCACAGGAGGGGAAACUCAGGGAUAGAAGCAGAGUGGCCCAGCGUGACUGCACUUCUCAGGGAGGAACUCAACCUGCCAUUUAGCCCUCCUGGCCCUGGGGUGGAGACAGAACGGUGCACUAGACGGCCCCAAGCUGCCUGUCUGUGUCUCUGUCAGGGCUGAGGAACACACCCGGGUACUGACAGCCCUUCAAGAUGUCAGAUGAUGACUGCCGCUCGCCCAUCGGCCUGGACUGCUGCAGCUGCUGCCUGGACCUGGCCAACGGCUGUGAUGACUCCAUGUCCACAAGUCCAGCUCAGGGCCUCGGCAGUACAGGGGGGCUGCCGGGAAGCCCCACCAGCCCCAGUGUAAAUCACUUCCGCCAGCUCCGCAACCAGCUGAUGUACCAGAACCUCAACACAGACAAGCUGAACAACAUCAUGAGACAGGACUCCCUGGAGUCAGUGGUGAGGGACCCCUGCUUCCUGCUCAACGAGGGGAUCUGCAACAGCAACAGCAACAUCGACCAGACCAUGCUGUCUAUACUGCUCUUCUUUCACAGUGCCUCUGGUGCUAGCGUUGUGGCCAUCGACAACAAGAUUGAGCAGGCGAUGGAUCUUGUAAAGAACCACCUGAUGUACGCAGUGCGUGAAGAGGUGGAGAUCCUCAAAGAGCAGAUCAAGGAGUUGGCAGAGAAGAACAACCAGCUCGAAAGAGAGAACUACCUGCUGAAGAACCUGGCCAGUCCAGAGCAACUGGAGAAGUUCCAGUCCCGCAUCCCAACUGAUGUGUUAUUACCUCUGGACAAUCAGAGCGUCCAGAUGACCCCAGACCACCAGCACCAGCAGCAGCAGCAGAGCUGCAACCACAUCACUGGCUCUGCUGUAUAAGUGGCUCUGCCUUGGGGCGGGCAGAGCCACUGUCUCUUUCCAGUAAUGGACCUCCAUUUAAACGUAAGCGUUACUAAAUCGCCGCCGCCGAGAACCCUUCGACAAAACGAAGGUGAAGAAUCGGGGCUGUAAAUGAUCGAUGGGACAUAAAUGAACUGCUGACACUGAUAAGCACAAAACAGAACUUGAGACGCUCUGACUGGUGCCAUGUCAGGCCCGUCCUCUGAUACCGUCCAACUCUUUGUCAUAGUCUCUCUUUUGUAGACAGAAGUGUUAAGAAUAGAGAGAGGGCUGACUAGACACAGACGAGUGCUUGCUUUCAGACAGAGGGGGGCUUUCCCUGCCUAGCCAAACCCUUCCAACAAACACCCUUUGCUCUAGAGAGGAGGGUGAGGAAGUGUUGACCGGGCUGGCCCUGCAGGUGCUAACUUGGAAAGUGUAGGGUCUUUGCUCCCUCACGACCCAGAGGAGACCUAUCUGAGACGGUCCCCCAAGUCUCAACGAGAAGAGCCCCAUCGUGUGGAUUUGUCCAACAUCAAAAUACAAGUUUCAAGGACUUCCAGCCUCACAUUUCAACCACAUAACAAGGACUUUUCCUCUGCCUACAAUGUAUUGCUCAUGUGUUCAUGUACAUUUUAGCAUAACAAGAAUAAUCAACAGAAUAAGCUAUGGCAUCCGAGGUGGAGGUUAAUACAGUAUAGCCUGUUAGAGCUGGUGAACUGCUGCAGUAGACUGAUCAGUAUACUGAAAUGAUUCAUAAAAUGUAAUCUUGUAUUGUCUGCAGUUGGGGCUUGCUGCUUUUGGGGGAAAUUAAUCCUGCUAUAUCUUCUGCUUUUGUUUGUAAUUCAGAACAAAAAUCAGUUGGUUGUAAAAUAGGAGCAUAAUCUAAAGAGGCGUACCUGUCCAUGUUGCUUGCCUAACUCUUGACAGGAAAGCUAGAGUGUAUAUAAAGGUUGAAAUGCCCCGAGGUAAACACCGUGGAGACGGUUAUCGAGCAGACACCUGCAUUUCUUGCUGCAAAUGCACUCCUGAUUUUAGCAGCGUCGUCCAGUAUCUGGUCUGUUUUCUUGCUCAGAUGCCAACUUGAGAACAAUGGCAUGACAACAGUGCCUGUAAGUAAAGAGAGGAAUGCAUUUCCACACUGAGCUCAGUUGUUGCUGUUGUUUUCUAGCUACCAAAGACUUUUGCCUUUUUUUUUUUUAUUUUCCCCUUAACAACAACAACAACAGAGGCUGAGCAAACCAGGACCAUGUGUAAAACUUCACAGGGAGAAAUCUUGUUUGUAGCUAGUGCUAAAGUUUAUAUGUGUUUUGUAAAGAUAACGGUAUUGUUGCUGUAAAGUAUCCUGAAAACAGUUGCUCUGUAUGGUGUUUGGAUACAACUGCACAUUUGCAAUAAACCUUAUGUUUACAUAAUA